AUGUUUGCGUGCAAACGUAAUUGUGUCAUAAAUAAAUACUACUCAAGCAUUAACUGUGAAAAUUUGAAUACAACGAGAGAUACUGAGGAAGGCGAUGAAUCUGUAAAUGAUGAUGCUUCAAGCAGUUGUAUGACAGGAGAUGAAUUGAUGUGUUGUACACAUGGAUUUAUUGCAAAGCCUUUAUCAAAUCAUCAGAAACAUGUUGUUUCUACCUCUGAUCAUGUCUUCUUAAAUGAUCAAAUACAUGUGAAGAAAUCUUCAAAGUGCCAAUAUUAUUCAAAUGUUUGCAAACUAUUUACAUCAUCAUCGUCAUCAUCAUCAUCAUCAUCUACAUUCCAUAAUCGUUCUUUAGCACUGUUUCUUUUAGCAUUUUCUGUAUUAUCAUUGUCAGAGUUCACAUUAGCUGAGAAAAAUUUGCGAGAAGUGAAGAAUGGAAUCAGACUUGAGUGUUGUAGCGAGAAUAACAGCGAUGUCAGUAAAUUUGUUUAUAUUCAACAAUCAACACCUUCAUCAUUAAUAUCAUCAUUAUCAUUUACACCUACCGCAACGACAUCAUUACGUAAAGUUUACACCAAUCAAUUUGCGGUACGAAUUAAAGGUGGAGAUAUAGUAGAAGCGAAUAAACUAGCGGCAAAGCAUGGCUUCAUCAACCUUGGCCCGGUUUUGCCGAAUGACGAGUAUUUUCUCUUCGAGAGUCGACAAACAAAGAAACGAUCUACUCGACGAAGAAGAAAUGCUCAAACAACUUCUAUAGCGCGAGAACCGAAUGUUGAAUGGAUAGAACAGCAAGUAGCCAAAAAACGGGUAAAACGUGACUAUCUAUCAUUUAAUACUCGAUCACCUAAUAUUCACUUACAGCGAUUUAAAGGCAAUGAAUUAAGUGACGAUCUCACGAUAGUAACAGGUAGUGGUAUUCAGCAGAAGUACUCCAAUAGUCGCAAUCGAAACAGUGAAGCAUUUAAAAAUUAUGAUUUGAACGAUCCUCUCUGGACAGAUAUGUGGUAUUUGAAUCGUGCAGUUUAUGAUCGGGGAUUGGAUCACAAUGUUCGAGAAGCUUGGGAUCUAGGUUAUACCGGAAAAGGUGUAGUUGUGACAAUAUUAGACGAUGGCCUGGAGCGUACUCAUCCAGAUAUUGCACCAAAUUAUGAUGCUAGAGCUAGCUAUGAUGUGAAUGAUCGUGAUGAAGAUCCAACUCCACGAUAUGAUUAUACUGAUGAAAAUAGACAUGGAACACGAUGCGCAGGGGAAGUAGCUGCUAUUUUUAAUAAUUCAUUGUGUAUUGUUGGUAUCGCUUACAAUGCUCGUAUUGGUGGAAUCAGAAUGUUAGAUGGUGAUGUAACAGAUGCAGUUGAAGCAACGAGUCUUGCUCAUAAUUCUGAUCAUAUAGACAUUUAUUCGGCAAGUUGGGGACCGGAUGAUGACGGCAGAACAGUGGAUGGGCCAGCAAAACUAACAAGAAGAGCAUUCGAGAAAGGUAUUCGUGAGGGUCGUCGUGGGUUAGGUUCGAUAUUUGUAUGGGCUAGUGGAAAUGGUGGUAAAGAUGCGGAUUCUUGUAAUUGUGACGGGUAUACAAAUAGCAUCUAUACACUAUCCAUUUCUUCCGCAACAGAGCACGGCAAUAUCCCAUGGUAUUCAGAAGCUUGCAGUUCAACACUUGCUACUGCUUAUAGUAGCGGAGCUACGGGUGAAAAAAUGAUUGUAACAACAGAUUUGCAUCAUUCUUGCACUAAUGCACAUACGGGUACAUCGGCAAGUGCACCAUUAGCAGCUGGCAUUGUUGCGCUCACAUUGGAAGCAAAUCCAAAUCUAACGUGGCGAGACAUGCAACAUAUUGUUGUUCGCACUGCUCGACCACUGAAUCUUCGCGCUGGUGAUUGGGUGACAAAUGGAAUCGGAAAGAAAGUAUCGCAUUCAUUUGGCUUUGGUUUAAUGGAUGCCGGUGCAAUGGUUCGGUUAGCGAAAAAUUGGACCACAGUGCCUGAACAAAAAAAAUGCGUUGUAUUUUAUCCCGCCAGAUAUAAAACAAUUCCACAUGGGAAUCGGCUGCAGUUACAGCUUUACACAGAUGGAUGUGCAAGUGACCCUCGCAGUAAAGUAUCGCAUCUGGAACACGUCCAGUCUAUUAUUACUUUAACCGCACCAAAACGGGGUGAUAUACAAAUUUAUCUCACUUCACCUUCAGGCACACGAUCAACUUUAUUGGCUAAACGGGCUCGUGACACAUCCAGGACGGGUUUUAGAGAAUGGGCUUUCAUGACAACUCAUAAUUGGGGCGAAAUAGCUGCCGGUUUAUGGACAUUAGAAAUUAACAAUGAUGGAUGGGAUGAUGCUGAACUGAUUCGGUGGGAUUUGGUGCUUUAUGGUUCAUCUUUUGAAGUAGGUAAGACAGGUGGUAUGUUUUCAUCGUCAUCAUUGAUUCAACGUUCAGUACCCGGUAAAUCACGCAGUCAUUAUAAUGCAUUACGUGACGAAGAUUCUGCUGCUUCAGUUAAAUCUGUUGUUAUUACUUCAGAAAUUAUGAUUUUAUUUUUAUCAUUGUUUACUUUUCAUCAUUUCUUUGAAAUGUUUGUCAGGUGA